CCGCUACCGCCGCGGCGCUGCGGUUUUGCCGCCGGCGCAGCCCCGUAGCCGCCACCGCGCGCUCCCCCCGCCCAUGGAACCCUGAGACCGAUUUGAAAAUAACCGCUGUUCUUGUGGCCUGGCGAUGUGGCUGUAGCUACCGGCGCGGGGGCCUGGGCAUCGCCGCUCUCUCUCUUGUCUCCUGCUCGGAAAGAGCAGCUCCUUGCCAGGGGCCCGGGGUGCCCCGCCCGGCAGCACCGCGCUCACCCAGGGCGGCUCCUCGCUGUAGGUUCCGGACCUCCCGCUUCCCCUGGGCUCCUGUGGGCAAUAGCCUGGAGCCGGGACCAGCGGGGUGCUCGGCUCGCGGGGUGGGUGUCAGGCGUCUCCCGGCGCUGGAGACCUGCAGUGGAUUGUCCUCGAUCUGAAAGUUGAGUUUUGACCAGUUCAUUCUUGCAAAAGAAAUCCAGAAACUAGAGAAUAAAAAUGGGGACUCCUGGAUCGGGGAGGAAAAGAACUCCAGUAAAAGAUAGAUUCUCUGCAGAAGAUGAAGCCUUGAGUCACAUUGCCAGAGAGGCAGAAGCAAGGCUUGCAGCCAAACGGGCUGCUCGAGCAGAAGCAAGAGAUAUACGUAUGAGAGAACUGGAACGACAACAGAAAGAGCUUUCUCAUCGCUCAUAUGAUAGAAAAUGGGGACGUAUCCAAAAGUGGAUGGAAGAUUCAGAGAGGGCCAGGUAUUCUCUCCGUUCUAGUCAUCGUUCCUAUCUGGGAGCGGAUGACUUGGUGUGUGCUCGAAAUAUUGGCAGUCAUAGGAAUCAUGCUUACAGUGACUCUCACAGUAUAAAGAAGUCUUCUAGUUCCCAUAAAGAUCUGUUGAGUGGAUUUUACCAUGACCAAAGAAAUUAUAGCAGCCUUAGACAUAACAAACCAAUCUCUACCUACCAUACUCGGUCCUCUUCUCUCUACAGUGAUCCUUCGGCAACUACUAAGACCUAUAGGGUGUCUCCUAGCGUAAACACGGGUUUGAUAAGAAGUGCUAGUUUGGCAUCAUUGUGUGGUAAUGGAUUAUAUAGCUCCUAUAACUCUCACACUCCAUCUGAAUACAGUUAUUCUUCGAGAGCAAGUUCAGCUCGAAGUAGUCCUGUGUUUACAGACAAUGAAACAGGGAGUACCACAUCCUCUAAUCGUGCCAUCCGAGGGCGGAGUGAUAGCAUGUCAACUGAUUUUUCUGAUCAAAGUGAAACUGCAGCUGAUUAUUUUAGUCGUUCCAAUCGCAGGGGGAGCAUUGUUUCUGAUGUGGACGAUGUCAGUAUCCCAGAUUUAAAUAGUCUGGAAGAGAAGUGUGACAAACCGUAUCCUGAAAUUUACACAAGGCCGGCAUCUCGCAAUUCAGCAAGUACAACUCCUCUGAGUGGGAAUUCAUCCAGAAGAGGAAGUGGGGAUACAAGCAGUUGGGUGGAUCCUGAUGUUUCAUUAAGUGAAUUACGGGAUAUCUAUGAUCUUAAGGACCAGAUACAAGAUGUAGAGGGGAGAUACAUACAGGGACUUAAAGAACUAAAGGAUUCUCUAUCUGAAGUUGAAGAGAAGUAUAAGAAAGCUAUGGUUUCCAAUGCUCAGCUAGAUAAUGAGAAAAACAAUUUGAUUUAUCAAGUGGAUACGCUAAAGGAUGUCAUUGAGGAGAGGGAAGAGCAGAUGGCAGAGUUCUAUAGGGAAAAUGAAGAGAAGUCAAAGGAAUUGGAAAGGCAGAAACACACGUGCAGUAUUCUACAGCAUAAGAUGGAUGAACUUAAAGAGGGCCUUCGUCAGAGAGAUGAACUAAUAGAGGAGAAUCAACGCAUGCAGCAGAAAAUAGACUCCAUAACCAGAGAGGUGUUUGACCUCCAGGAGACAAUUAAUUGGAAAGAUAAAAAAAUUGGGGCUCUAGAAAGACAGAAAGAGUACUUUGACUCCAUUAAGCAUGAGCGAGAUGAGCUCAGAGAUGAGUUGGCUGACCUGAAGGAAGCAAUGAAGACAGGACAGAAACACGGGUUAGUUAUAAUCCCAGAUGGUACUCCAAAUGGUGAUGUAAACCAUGAACCAGUGGUUGGUACAAUAGCAGUUGUAUCGCAGGAAGCUGCUCAAGUCUUGGAAUCUGCAGGAGAAGGACCACUAGAUGUUCGGCUACGAAAACUGGCUGGGGAGAAAGAGGAAUUAUUGUCACAGAUUAGGAAACUGAAGCUGCAACUGGAAGAGGAACGACAGAAAUACUCUAAAAAUGAUGGCACAAAUCCAGAUAUAACAGGAUUAGAGAAUGGUUCUGAUUUGCAGUUAAUUGAAAUGCAGAGAGAUGCCAACAGACAAAUAAGUGAAUACAAAUUUAAGCUUUCAAAAGCUGAACAAGAUAUAACUACCAUGGAACAAAAUAUUGGAAGACUUGAAGGACAGGUGAUAAGAUAUAAAUCUGCAGCAGAGAAUGCAGAAAAAGUGGAAGACGAACUCAAAGCAGAGAAGAGGAAACUUCAGCGAGAGUUAAGAACAGCAUUGGACAGGAUAGAAGAGAUGGAGAUGACCAACAGCCACUUGAUGAAAAGGCUGGAGAAGAUGAAGGCAAACAGGACUGCGCUUCUAGCUCAACAAUAGAAGAAAGUAUUAGAAAAUGGAACAAGUUGUGCACUGCUCCUUGAAAUAACUAGCCCUUAGCUUGUUUUAAUACAGACUUUAAUUGGCACAAACUAUUUGAACACUGAGCUGUUCAGUAAUAUUUUAGUUGCAGAAUUAAAUGGCAUACCUUUUGUAACUUAUGAGAGAAUGAAAAAUUUGAAUUCCUAUGUGAAUGAUGGUGAUUUUUAUUUAGCAGUUUAAUUGUAGAGUCAGAGCUGAAGCACAAUGCUGUAUGAUUGACUUAUUACUAGAAAACAUUUGUUUUCACAACUGUGGAAUCAGGUUUACUUAAACUUUUUUUCAGCUGCUUUAAUGAUGCUUGGUGCUUGAAGACAACUGCAUGAGUUCAAGAGGACACAGUCUUUUAAAAAAUAACAAAUGUACUUGCUCAAGACAUCACACAGCACAAGUGCCUUCUAUAUGGUGCAAUUUAGACUUCAAAUAUGUUAGAACUAACCUUUGAAAGCAGAUAACAUUUAUUUUAAGAUACAGUUUUGGGGUCUAUGUUCAUUAAAGUUUAUAAAUUUUGA